AUGAGUCGCUUCAACGGUACAUAUACACCCCACCCUGUACACCCGGACGCCGCCAGUGUAUAUCCACAGCACUCAAUCACUAUGCAUCAUGAAGAACAUGGCUCUCAGUCGGGCUCAGAUGACGGCGGGGCGUACGGGGCGUAUGUUGAUCCACCAAGGGGAGAGGUCGAAUUGGAUGACGACUCCAAUUCGUUGACUUCGCAAACACUAAACACUGAUGGCACACCGAAGCGUCCAAUGAACGCUUUCAUGAUCUUCGCUCGUAGGCGGCGGCCCCAAGUAUCAGCAGAAAAUCAGUCCAUGCGCACUGGAGAAAUCAGUAAAAUAUUGAGUAAAGAGUGGAACUCAAUGGGAACGACCGAAAAGCAGUUCUACCUGGAACAAGCCAAAAUCCUGAAGGACAACUUCAAUAACAAGUACCCCGACUAUGUAUAUCGUCGACGUCCCAAUAACACACGCAAGAAGCGCAGGGCUGACUCUGGUAGCCAUCUGGUCGACCCUACAGCAGUGUCUGACCAAGGAGACGAGCACCCCCCUGGUGGGGAGUACGGCGAGCCAUCCCCCGUAGAAAGCGAAGUUCCCUCGUGUUAUAGCGCCGAUCCAUCACAUCCUCGUGUUUCCGCCCACUCGUCUACUCCUUUCAACGAGGCUAGUGGAUUUAGUUCGCCCGUUGAAACGCCCAACCCAUCAUAUAUGUAUUCCCCCGCGGAGGAGUCCUUCUCCCACAACGACAAUCGCUCAGGCUACGAUGUUGGUCAGAGGCGCUCAUCUCAGGACCCGAUCCCAUCCAAUAAUUCCAUGAAUGUCAGCCGACUACCGCCCUCCCUUGCCUAUUAUACGCCCACAUACCACCCGCAGCCGUAUCCAUAUAUGUCAGAGCAACCCAGCCACACCAACGCCGCCUGGGACACUGGACCGAGCGGACGAGCCAACUCGAACAACUGGUCGGGCGGCGGUAUGGAGCGGCAACUCUCUUCCCAUCCAGGGCCGAAGCUCCAUACAUACUCGCCGACAACUACGCAAGUAGGUUGGCCACCUCAGUCGCCUAGCGCUAGUCCUGGCGAUAUGCCACACCAAAACGCUCAAAAUUUGUUGCCGACGCUAAGUUCGCCGUUCUUUCCGGUCACUCAACCGCAAGGGAACUAUGCGGGCACAACCUCGUCUGGAUCUCCCCAUUCCAGCUCCCCAUCACCCUAUAACACCACAGCUGCGGCGGGUGGAGGUAACACCUCCCAUAUGAGUCACGCCAGCGCUGCCAUGCCAAACACUAGGCCUGAUUCCGGGUAUGGCAACCGAAGCUAUACGGGAUCAUCCAAUAUGCACGGGUCGUCGAUGGGAUCUUACUCAUCCAUCUCAACGCAAGACAAUCAUCCAUAUCAGCGAGCAAUGCAGAGGGGACAUCCUCCCCUUCCGCAGUUGACCGACACUCACUCACUCUCCCAUCAUCAACCCUACCAGCCGUCCUCCUCUCCAGCAACAUCCAGAACUCCGUUUUGGCCGAGGGAAUCAUAA